AUGGAAGCCAACAGCGGCGUUGCUAAUCCUUACUACACCGGCCGAGCCGCUCACGGAGCUGCGGAUCCUGGCACAAUUCUUAAUCACUUCAAUGGAAUGACGCUCGGCGGCAUGGGUAUGCCCAGCAAUGGGGCUCCCAUCCCCAUGGGACCAGGCCAUGCAUUCAUGGUCAACUCGGAUAGCCAAUUUGUCCUCACUCCCGUUCCGGCUGCUCAGCCAAUGGGCCUUGGCCAUUCCAACGAGAAUCCAUAUCUGAAUUUCUCAGUUGCUCCAGGCGGCUAUGGUACUUCCUAUGUCGGCCUUUCUGCGCCUUUGCUGCCCUUUACCCCUGGCCGCCCUGGUACUGCUCAGCCUCGUGUGGAUCGUGGCCACUCUGAUGUUCCAGGCCUUGAGAAUCGUCGUGGUUCAUACUCUACUACAGAGUCUGCCCCUGCCACCCCGUACUACGGCGGUGCCUUUUCCAUUGUUCGCGACUACCCUCCUCGUGUGGCUAGUCUCGAUCGGUCUUCCUAUACGACUCCGUCUCCCAAUGCUACCAGCCUUGCUCCCAUUGAGACUGGCAAACCCGUGCCUAUUGUCAUCUCGGACCGCACCAUUGAUGACCUUCUCAAGAAGGAGCCGGCUAUUCCCAAAGCUGUUCCAGCUGUCUUCACUCCCCCCGGCCAGAUGAAGACUCUUGAGCAGAGUCUGGAGAAUCGCAUACCAGGCAAUCGCAAUGUGUACAUUCGUGGUCUUCAUCCCACCACCGACGAUGAGCUUCUGUAUCACUUUACUACUCGCUUUGGCGCUGUUGAGACGUCCAAAGCCAUCAUCGACACUAACACUGGAGCUUGUAAGGGGUUUGGGUUUGCCAAAUUCUAUGACGUUCGCGACUCUGAACUGUGCAUUCGAGCUUUCCACCGCCUUGGUUACGAGAUUGGCUUUGCCCGGGAAUCUUUCAACUCUCGACUCAAGGCGGAGGGAGAUGAUGGCUCUACUAAUCUCUACAUCUCCAAUCUGCCCAAGAGCUUGAAUGAAAUGGAACUUGCAACUAUCUUCCUUGGAUACCACAUCCAAUCCAGCAAGAUCCUUCGUGAUAGCAUGGGAAACAGUCGUGGCGUUGGUUUUGCUCGCUUUGAUUCUCGAGACAUUUGCGACGAGAUCGUUCGAAAGUUCAACGGCAUUGGCAUCGGCGAGGAAGGUCUUCCAAUGAACAUUCGUUAUGCCGAUACUCCAGCUCAGAAAGAGCUCAAGAGAGUCACCGCCGAGCGUCGCCAGUUCCGCACCAAUGAGUACAAUAUUGGCGCCUACGGUACUCCUCUUGUUGGCUUGAACCCUGCCUUGUACAACCAGCAGUCUCAAUGGCGACGCAAUCUGCCCCAGUCUCGAAGCGGCCUAUCGUCCUCGUCGCUCGAAGACAGUGUGACGCGAAGCUCAGUGAUCCCUCGUGGACAAUCUGGGGCGACUACGAGCGCGGACGCUACGGUUUCGACUCCCACCACGUCUGAGUGCGAUGAGAGUGUUACGAUUCGAGCGGAACCAGCUACUGUCGUCGCCACCGGCAAAGAGAACAUCCAGCCGUCUCCAUCUGCCAAGAAGGAGGCCCCGAAGAAGGAGGCCCAGUAG